GGACGGGCUCCCUGACCACUUCCUCAUUUGGGGGCAGUUUAAAGACAGAGUUCUCCCUUCCUCCAGUCUCCCAGGACACAGAUUUACCCUAUCAGAACCUGCCUUCUGAGGGCCUCUGGGUCACUCAAAAGGCCGCAGUAUCUCAGGGAGCCGUCACCAAGGAUAUUGGCAGAGCCUGGCAGUUGGCUCCUGGACCCAAUCACUAUGGAGCAACCCCUUUUAGGAAGUGAGACGCCAGACUAUGAGACUUUCCCGGAGAGGCCAGACCAGCAACAAGAACAGAAUUAUAUCAGAACCCUGAAGAAUAAGAGGCUGUUCCUGGCUACCUUUGCAGCAGUGCUGGGAAACUUCAGCUUUGGCUAUGCUCUGGUCUAUACAUCCCCAGUCAUCCCAGCUCUUGAGAGAUCCCCCAACCCAGCUUUACGAAUGACCAAGACAGAGUCAUCCUGGUUCGGGUCCGUGUUCACCUUGGGAGCAGCCGCUGGCGGCCUCAGUGCCAUGGUGCUCAAUGAUCUCCUGGGCAGGAAGCUCAGUAUCAUGUUCUCUGCUGUGCCCUCGGCUAUUGGCUACGCUCUCAUGGCUGGAGCUCAGGGCCUGUGGAUGCUCUUGCUGGGAAGGAUUCUGACCGGCUUCGCGGGAGGUCUCACAGCUGCCUGUAUCCCAGUUUAUGUGUCUGAGAUCUCCCACCCUGGAGUUCGAGGGGCUCUGGGGGCCACACCCCAGAUCAUGGCUGUCUUCGGGUCCCUCUUGCUCUAUGCUCUGGGCUUGAAGAUGCCCUGGCGCUGGCUGGCGGUGGCUGGAGAGGUGCCCGUAUUUGUCAUGAUGGUACUUCUGUGCUUUAUGCCCAACUCCCCUCGCUUCCUCCUCUCCCAGGGCAAGGAAGAGGAAGCCCUGAAAGCCCUGGCCUGGCUCCGAGGGAAUGACACAGACUUCCAAAGGGAAUUCCAGCAGAUCCAGAACAGUGUCCAGAAACAGAGCAGUCGACUGUCGUGGACUGAGUUACGGGACCCUUUCAUCUACAAGCCCAUUGCCAUUGCUGUUCUGAUGCGAUUCCUGCAGCAGCUAACAGGUGUCACACCCAUCCUGGUCUACCUGCAGUCUAUCUUCCAUAGCACUGCUGUCCUGCUGCCUCCAGAAGAGGAUGCAGCCAUCGUGGGGGCCAUGAGGCUCGUCUCUGUGCUAAUCGCAGCUGUCACCAUGGACAGAGCAGGUCGUAAGAUUCUUCUCUUCGUCUCAGCAUCCAUUAUGUUUGCGGCAAACCUGGCCCUGGGACUCUAUAUCCACUUGGGUCCACAGCGGCCAGUCUCCAAUACCACCAUGGAUCUGACCAAUGUGGCCCUUGAGAGUUCAGGGUCAGGGAGCUACCUUAUGCUGGUACCCCUCUUUGCCACCAUGCUCUUCAUCAUGGGCUAUGCCAUGGGCUGGGGCCCUAUCACAUGGCUUCUCAUGUCUGAGAUCCUCCCACUGAAGGCCCGAGGUGUGGCCUCAGGGCUCUGUGUGCUGGUCAGCUGGCUCACAGCCUUCGUGCUUACUAAGUCCUUCCUGCUGGUGGAGAAUGCUUUUGGCCUUCAAGUCCCAUUUUACUUCUUUGCUGCUGUGUGCCUGGUGAAUCUAGUCUUCACAGCCUGUUGCGUGCCAGAAACCAGGCGCCGGACCUUGGAACAAAUUGAAUCAUUCUUCAGGACAGGGCGAAGGUCCUUCCUGAGAUAGGAAGGUGCCUCAGCCUCCCGGGCCAGGAGGAGAGAUCAGACUUUGGGGGACUGGGGGGUCCUCAGAGGCAGGGAUCAGGAGGUGACAGCAACACCAGAUGGAAGUGGGAAGAACUGACACUACCUUCUGAUCGAGAAGUGGUGCCCAGCUCUGUCUCCAGAGAUUCCUGGUCUCAGCCUCCCGCUAUACAUAGAGUUGAUUUGAAUAUGGCCCUCCAACUCCACCUGGAAACCUCUAGAGUCACACUGCCCCCAGACUGCUAGAUUCUGUGGGCCAAGCAAGCAGAGCCCAGGGAGAAGGCCAGAGACAAGGGGCUAGUUUUCAUUAAUCAACUGAGAUCAGAGAAUCAAGAUCCAAGAGAGCACUAGACAAGGAGAAGAGCCAGCUCCAAAGCCUGGCUCUGCCACCAACCUCUCUCUCACCCCAUUACCUUCCCUGUUCAUUGGGCAUCAGAAUUCCUACCCUGCCUGCUUUGCAGCAGAGUGAUCAUGAGGAUCAAACAAAAUAGUGAAUUUGACUGUAUUUUGGUAACCAGGAAACCCUAUAAUAACAUGAGAAAUCCUUGUUACUGAUUGAUAUGUACCUCUAGGGGGAUGUGGCUUCUGGGGACUGGUGAGGCAAGAACCUACUCACCAAUAACUGGUCAAUGGCUGUUGCCUGGGACAUUUAUCAAAGACCCCAGAGAUCUGAAGGGGAGGCAGAACACAGGUCACAGGAACUUAACAGUGGAGCUGUUGAAAUCAAGCCCCAGGUUGGGUGGAAAGCUGUCACCUAGCUCUGAGGUUUCCCCCCAUGACCUCACACUGCCUUUUCCCCUUAGGGGAGAAGAAAGGAGAGGACGGGAGCUGGCCAGUCCACAACCUCUUUAGAGAGGAGAAAAAGAAUGAAAACACCCUCCUGCUGCUCACAUUUCACACAAAUCCCCCAGUAAGUCCAUGUCUAAAGCCCUUUGUAAAUGAAGAUGAUAUACUUUAUGCAUUAUUUCCAAGGGGGGGGGUGGGUUAUAGUGGGAUUGAGUUAACCUAAACCAUCCACAUUCACUUGCCCAGCUGCUCAUGAUUAAUAAACUUUCAAGAUAA